GCAACAUGGCCAGAUAAAAAGCAACUUCCGCGGGCCGCAGCCACCUACUGUGCACCACCGCCGCCACCAUGGGGGCGCUCGCUUUCCUUGUGACAGCUAUGAUGGCGGCGGCAGCGACAGCGGACAGACUGCCGCUUCCAGUUCUGGAGCCGGAGCACAUGGAACACGGGUCGAUUCACGAUCCUGAACAUCUCCCUCGAUUUCAUGGCCCAGAGCACGACCAUCACGAACCAGUUCGAGAGCACAAAGUUCCAGAUCCUCUCGAUCCCAUAAAACUCCCUCCUGUUAUCCCAAACGAUAUGAGCAAACCCAUUUUAAUUCUCGGGAAACUUCCCAUGGGCAGCCCUCCAUACCCAUUUUCACCAUUUGAUGACGGCACAUGUAGCAUGGCACACCUUCAGUGGCCCUGUCCAAAGACAUGCUCACUGGAAUGGAACCCUGUGUACGCCGCGAACGUGGAGGAGAAGCGCGUGGUAACAUUCAUCAAUUGCUGUGCCUGGCGAUGGCAUGUUUGCCACUACAAGAAAAAUCUCACAUAUCUUGGCAGAGGUAACCCCAACCCAUGUCCUAAGGAAAAGCCCACUGGUUGGCCCAAAGACUGGCCCAAGGAAUGGCAAAACAAUUGGCCUAAGGAAUGGCCCAAGGACUUGCCAAAGGAGUGGGCCAAAGAUUGGCCAAAGGAAUGGCACAAGAAUUGACCAAAGGAAUGGCAAAAGAUUUGGCGUAAGUCCUGGUCUAAAGAAUGGCCCAAGAAUCCAUUCACGGAUAUGGUGAAGGAGUGGUGUAAAUAGAAUGAAUGCUACCACGUUACUGUGUAUAAGAAUGAAUAUUAAGUUCAGGCUCUCCUUUUUGUUUUGUUAUUCUUGCUCAACUGAUUCGCUUUGAUUAUAGUCCAAUUUCAGUACCAUCAUAAUGAUCUAGAACUUACUUAUGAAUUAAUUCAUACUUACAGGUUAUCAAUAAAAAUCACCAGAUGUUUGCUUCA